GCAGGAAAGAGCUGUUUUGCAAAUUGUUUCCUUUGAAGGUUCCCACACAGCUACACGAAUCAGUGAACAGUUAAAAAUUGUUCUUGAACAGUAUAAGUUGACAAGUGAUAAGAUAUUCUUAGUACUAAGAGAUUCUGCAGCAAAUCUGGUAGCUGGAAUUAGGAAUUGCAACUUAGAAGCAUUAUCAUGCUUUAUACAUAUGCUGCAGCUGACACUAAACGAAUGCAUAUUUUCUAAACAAGAUGUGAAAAUUAUAAUCACAGUUAAUAGAAAUAUUGUCACACAUUUUAAUCAUUCUGCUGUAGCUGUAAUCAAAUUGGAAGAUUUGCAAGAAAAGUUAGGUUUGCAGAAACAUAAAUUAAUUCAAGAUGUUCCUACUCGCUGGAAUUCUACAUACUACAUGUUGGAACAGCAAAAGGCGCUUGUCAGAUAUGCUAUAGAUAAUAAAAUUCCUACGUUGAGCCCAUAUCAGUGGUCUCUCGUUGAAAAAAUUGUUCUACUUGUAAAACUAUUCAAAGAAAUUACUGUGGAAAGCCAGCAAACGGGAAGCCACUUCAUCUGCAAUAAUUCCCACAAUAGAGACUCUGAAAUUAUUCUUAUCAAAAGCAAAGAUCAGUAGUUCCUUUAGUGGCAUUAAUACCACAACAGAAGAACUAGAAAAUCCAAUAAAAAAAAGAUUUUCAGCAUAAAUAGAAUACAAGUCUUUAUGCUUGUCAUGUUUAUUAGAUUCAAAAUAAAAUUUCAAAAAGAAAAUAUGGUAGAGGAAAUCUCAAUAAGAAUUAAAUUUUGAAGCUUCUACUUCUGGGGUGAUCAAGAUGGAGGUGAAUUUGUAAGUUUUUC